AUGGCGGUGCUAAUUGUUUUGCUCACGUGGCUAGCCACGUGUUCAGCAGCAUUGACCGAUGAAAUGCAAACUUUCGACCCAGCAUGUCUUACGGAAGGUGCAUUUAACUGCUUUGAUGGCGGCUGUGUGCCCUUAGAAAAAUAUUGCGAUGGAAAAUAUGAUUGUAAAGAUGGCAGCGAUGAGAAUUUUUGUACGAGCCACACUCCCGACGCGUUGUACUGCAACGACACUCACCAAUUCCUCUGCGCGGACGGCCGCAAGUGCGUGCCGAGUGUGUGGGUGUGCAACAACGAGACCGACUGCAAUGAUGGUAGCGACGAGUAUAACUGCUCUGUGCCCCUAGAAUAUGAUAACUCAACGUGCCAUGGUUUCCUCUGUGAUGAUAAUAAGAAAUGCAUAUCUAAGUUCUGGACGUGUGAUGGGUACUACGACUGCGACGACAAAUCCGAUGAAGACAUCAAAGUUGCUUGCCGGCAUUCACUACACAUGCAGCUUUAUGCUUCUAUAUCGGACUGCGAGUACAGGUCGCAUCGAUACUCGUGCCUCGAUAACUCCUUCUGCCUGCCUCAGGACUUCAUGUGCGACGGAAUGGUGGACUGCAGGGACGGUAGUGAUGAGGGCCCUUUCUGUGAAAAUUGGCACACAAAAUGCGACAACUUCACAUGCCCAAAGGAAUCGUUUUGCAAACAGCAUCGUACAGGCGUCACGUGCAUUUGUGAUUCCUACAAUGUUUACAAUGAAACGACCAAGAAGUGCGAGGAGACGGAUAACUGUAUAGCCGAAAGACCGACCUGCUCUCAUAUGUGCGUGGAUAAGGGAGAUUACUUUAAGUGUAUCUGUGAUCCCGGUUAUGUUCCCGACCCCGCUGGCUAUUUGUGUUUUGCUCCAGAUCCAGAAGCACUGCUAUUUUUCAGUACACGCAACGAUAUUAGAUAUGUGAAAGUGAAGUCUAAACAGCAGGUGACUGUUUUGACUGGUAUUAAACAGGCCCAUGGCGUGUCGUACGAUGGGAAUUAUUUAUAUUGGGUGGAGACUGCUCAGGGUCACCAGGCUAUUAUGAGGGCUCAUCUUCAGAACGUUGAAGAGUCUAAACAGGUACUUAUGGUGAAUACGCGGUUGCGCCGAGUAUUAGCAAUGAGUGAUACAAAUGAAUCCGUGCCGCCGCCCCAGCACGAGCAGACCGCGGGAUUUGUGUUACCCGCUGAUGUCGUGUCCGGCGUGCGUACGAGCGCCGACGCGACGCUCCAUGCGUCGCCGCCGCGCCCAUCGCCAUCUUUACACGUGCCGUUCGCGCAUGGUGCGGACGCACCAGGCCACGUGUCCGCAAUCGGGUCGAAGCCGGUAGAUCCGAGGAGUCGAUCACUCCUAGAAGUGUUAGUGUACGGUGCUAGGGGUCGUGUAUUGGUCGAUACCGGGGCGAAACAUUGUAUCGCGAGUGAAAGCUUAAAAGCUCAUUUAUAUAAGAAUAACCAUAAAUUUGUUAAAGUUAGGACAGAAUUGAAAUUUGCUGAUGGCACUGUAAAAAAUUUAGUUGUUGAUACUGCUCAAGUGGAGGUGACUGUGUUAGACAUAGUAGUGUCGACACUUUUUAUCGUUCUUCCCGGUGCCACAGAUUUCCUGUUAGGCAUGAAUUUCAUUAAGGAUUCUGAUAGUUUUAGUGUAGCAUGCUCGACUGUGGGUCUCCCACACGAUGAGGGAACUGUUUUGAAACCUGAAGAGAGGCGAGAGUUAUCAGAUGUUCUGGAAAGGAACCAGGAUGUCUUUGAGCCAGGGGGAGCCCCUACGACUUUGGCCGACCGCCGCAUUGAUCCUGGAGAUCAUGCGCCAGAUCGAGUAACCUUUGGAACUCAAUACCUCAAGUCAUGUGACAUAUGUAAGCAAUAUAAGCCUACAAACCUGAACCUCACGGUUCUAUUGCAGACUCCGACCCCUCAACAACGCUGUGAAGUGUUAGCGAUGGAUCUGUUCGGUCCACUACCAGCUGAAAGCCAGGGGGAGGUAAAAUGGAGUAUCGGGGAGCAACAGGAUCGCCGUAAAGCUGUGAAGGACCAACGCCGACGACCAACAGCAAGGUUUAAAGAAGGUCACCUCGUUUGGGUGGAGAUGCACAGUCACAGCAAUGCUGAGAAAGGGGUUACCAGGAAAUUCGCGCCGCGUAGGGAAGGGCCAUAUAAAAUUUCAACAGCCGUCUCUCCAACUACUUUUGACGUGAUAGAUAAAGAGGGCGAGGUUAAGGGCAAGUACCAUGCCAGCGCGUUGUCUUUGUAUCAAGGGACUUCUAGGUCUGACGCUGUCACCCUGCGUAAGAGAGGACGUCCAGCCAAGUCUCAACCACCUAGUAGUGGCUGUGACUUGGAGGGGGAGGAUAUAGCGAACGGAAUUCAAAUAUUAAAAGAUGAUGCAAUACGACACCCCCGCCGCACGCGCUGCCCGCCGGCCGCUAUCGCGGACGGGAGGGGUCUAGAAGACCCAGGCGACAUAGCAAUAGACCAUCUCGGAGACAAUAUCUACUUCAGCGAUGCAGAGAGAGGGGUCAUAUCAGUGUGUCGGCCCGACGGCUCCCUGUGCACUACCCUCAGAACUAACGCGAAAACACCCAAAUUUGUUACCUUGGAUACUAGGAAUGGCCAAAUGUACUGGGCAGAUUGGCACAACAGGGCAGUUCUCAUGGUGGCACAGAUGGAUGGGUCCAAGUCGGAGGUCCUAACCGAUAGUCUGACGACUUUCGCCACCGGCUUAGCUCUGGACGCUCCGAACCAAAGGCUAUACUUUGUUGAUCGGACCAUCAAAGUUGUAAGGCUACAAGAUAGAUUGUUAUACUCAUUUUUCGAGGAGCCAUUCCACCACCCGUACUCGCUGGCGGUGUUCGAGAGCACGGUGUUCUGGAGCGACUGGACGUCGGACAGCGUGCAGACCGCCGACAAGGUGCACGGCGCCGCCCUCAGCAGGAACAUACUGCUCACUUUGGACGAGCCGAUAUUUGAUAUGCACAUUUAUCAUCCUGUGCUGAUGAAUAUUACCCAUAACCCCUGUGAAAACCAUAAAUGCCAGAUUUGUCUGGUCACAUCAAAUGUAACCCACGUCUGCGCUUGUCCUGAUACCAUGGAAAUAGUUGGGGAUCAUUGUGAACACAUCCGCGGGUACCGCGCGCAGUACGUGGUGGUGGGCGCGGGCGCGGCCGCCGCGCGCGUGCACUACGACCGCGUCGGCAACCCCGAGGCGCGCGCCGCCGCGCUGGACGUGGGCCGCGUGCAGGCCAUGGCCUACGAUAAUAAACGAGACACCCUGUACAUAUACGACAGUCAGCGGAAGGCUAUAAACGCUAUCAACAUGAGCGAGUUCUCGCUGGGCGUCACGCAACUGCUGGCGCACCGCGGCCUGGAGAACGUCGUUGAUAUGGAUUAUGAUUACGUGUCGGACUCCCUCUACGUGGUGGACGCGGGCCGCCGCCUCGUGGAAGUGAUAUCGCUGCGGAACCACCGCAGCGCCAUAGUGUACUACUUCACCGACCAGGAGAUACCUAUCAGCUUUUGUGUGCUGCCGGAGUAUGGGAGGAUGUUAAUAGCUGUUUUAGAACCGGAAAACAACAAUGAAAUUCAUAUAGACAGCAUCGGCUUGGACGGAAAGGACCGGAACCAUCAGUUGAUGUCUAAUAUAUUAGGACCAAAUAUACGAGUUCGUUAUUCACCCGAAAUGAACGUAGUAUAUAUCUCAGACGAUGGCAAUGGAAUCAUCGACAUCGUUCACCCUGAAGGUACUGGCAGAGAGAACUUCAGAGAAGUAUUAACAACGAUAGCUAGCUUGGCCGUGACUGAAACACAUGUUUUUUGGACGGACAGACGUACACAGAGAUUGUAUUGGGCAGAUGUUCAUGAGGUUUCUCGUAAAAUACGAAGGAUUGAACUUUCGAUAUUUCCGAACAACACUAACUUACACAUCAUAGCAACAUCCCCUCCGCCGGAUCCCAAAAGUCCUCUCACAAAGCAUAAGUGUUACCAAGAAACUACCCCUUGCUCACAUAUAUGUGUGCAAUCAUCCCGUACUGCAAACAAAACGGCAGCUUCCACAGACUAUAAAUGCCUCUGUCCCUCGGGAUAUCACAUGUUCAAAGAGAUUUGCUCAGAAGUAGUGAAGUGUAAAAGUAACGAGAUAUACUGUCAUAAGAGUAACGAUUGUUUUGUGGAAAGUAAAAGGUGCGAUGGUCACAAGGACUGCUGGUAUGGUGAAGAUGAAGAAGGUUGUGUUGCGUCUGUCACUCAAAAGCCUUCAUCAUGUCCUUUUGACUACACGAACUGUUACGGAAAUUGCAUACCAAUAAAUCAAAUCUGCAAAGAAAACACAACAAUAUCUCUAAUAUGCGGUCCAAACGAGUUCAAGUGCUCGGACGGGUCGGUGUGCGUGGAGCGCGCGCUGGCGUGCGACGGCCGCUCGGACUGCCCCGACGGCUCCGACGAGCACCCCGCCGCCUGCGACACGCGCCGCUGCUACGACACUGAGUUCAUGUGUUCUUCCGGCAAUUGCAUCCCAGCGACAUGGAAGUGUGACGCGAGUGCGGAUUGCGCAGACGGCUCCGAUGAAGCUGACUGUGAGUUAUACAGUGAAUCAUGUCCGGAAGACAACUACCGAUGUAGCGAUGGUACUUGCAUCAAACUGUACAAGCGUUGCGACGGCAAGUACGAUUGUAUGGACAGAGAUGACGAGGACGGCUGUGAUAUCGAUGAGUUUAUUGAAACGGAGCCCGUGUUGACAUGCUCGUCCGGGGAGUUCGCUUGCGAACGCAAUAAAUCGAUUUGCUUGCCGUACACAGCUCGUUGUAAUUCAAAAGUCGACUGUCCCGGCGCCACAGACGAGGAUGGCUGUGACUUGCACUGUGAGACUCGACUCAGUUCGCUAUUCUCCUGCAAACAGGAGUACAUGUGUAUAAAUAAGAAACACGUGUGCAAUGGACGGAAGGAUUGCACUGAUGGUUCUGAUGAAACGCUCGAGGCUUGUGCGAAAGUGAACAAGACUGCUCCACUACAUUCUAUGUUCCCGAUGAGUGACUGUAGCAGAGGCUAUCGAUGUGACAGCGGACAGUGCAUAGAGUGGUCCCAAGUGUGUGAUACACGCCCUGAUUGUAUCGAUCAUUCUGAUGAAAAUGGUUUAUGCGAGACCCCGUGCGCGGGCGCGUGCCCGGGCGGCUGCGCGCGCACGCCGCGCGGCCCGCGCUGCGCGGGCGCGGGCGCGGACGCGUGCGCGGCGGGCGCGUGCGCGCAGCGCUGCCGCAGCCUGCCCGGCGCCUUCGUGUGCGCCUGCUACGCUGGGUACGCUUUGCGACCAGAUCGUCGUUCCUGCAAAGCAAUCGGUGGCCGCCCCACCAUACUGUACGCGAGAGGUGCCUCCGUGUGGUCAAACACUAACCACGUCCAUAGCCAAGUGUACCAGAACGAGGGGGAGAUCAACGAUCUGGAUGUAGAUGCAAGGCGUGAUAAAAUGUACGUGGUAUCUAGUGAUGCUGGAAAGCUGGUGGAAGUGGAUCUGAGUAACAAUGCUUCCACCCCUGACGUCAUCACUAAUGUUGGAAGACCGAGCAAAGUCGCGGUGGACUGGGUGACGGGCAACGUGUACUUCGUGGACAGCUCGCCCGCGGCCGGCUGCGUGCGAGUGUGCAAUUUCUAUAAGAAAAGAUGUGCGCGAUUACAAAGAUUACCCUCCGAAGCUGAGGUAACAGCAUUAGCAGUGGAUCCAUCCCACCGCCGCCUCUACUACUGUCUCUCGCGACAAUCCGAGUCCGCGGUGCGCGCCUCUACGCUGUUCGGGAGGGCGGAGCCCGAGCUCGGGGCGGCGUCGUGCCGGGGGCUCGCGCUCGGCCCCGCACACCUGUACAUGGCCAGUGUGGAGCCCGAUGCAUUGCUACGUGUGGAGUACGAUGGGAGUGCUAUGAGCCCUGUAAUCGCACACAAUGCAAACCUAAACAACCCACACGAUCUAGCCGUAUUCGAAGACCACGCUUACUUUCUAAGCAACUCUCAUCUAAAACGAUGUUUGAUUUUCGGAAGUAAAACUUGCGAGAAUUACUCAUUUAUGCCUAACACAAGUGCUUUUGUGAUGAAACAUGAGGUCACACAGGUGAUGGUAGAUAAUGAUUGUGAUGGUAUCACCUGUGAUAAUGUGUGUGUGAUGGGUGAUGGCGGGGCGUUGUGUGUGUGCCAUGAUGGCGGGCUCGCUAGUGACGGCGUGUGUCCGUUUGUGAAGAGUGAUGAUCUGGCCGUGUUCAACGGCGUCACGUACCAGGAGCGCAGGGCGCACGCGGUGUCGCUCGGUCUGAUCGCGGCCGUGUUGGUGCUGUUCGCGCUAUACAUUGCCGUUUUCAUAUAUUAUUAUAUUAUAAAGAAGAAGAAACAAGCUGGCGAUUAUAUGCAAGUGAGAUAUCACAACACGCCAGACGCUAUGGGCGGGGGCCAGCUGACUAACCCCAUCAUAGACAUGCCGGAAGCCGGAUAUGUUAUAGAUGGUAUGGGCCAUGAGUUCGUGAACCCACUACAGUACGUUAAGAAUAUCUGGCAGGAGUCAUUAUACAAGAGGUCGAAACCAGGCGACACAUCUGGUCUAAUUUUUGAAACACAAGACCUCUCCGAUACAGAGUCAGAUUUGGAUGUGAAAGAAACGAGAAGAAUGGUCAGAAAU